UUAAUUUACAAUUAAUUGUUUAUUCGUGUGGCGGCAUUAAUUACCAAAACACUUACAAGUUACUGAUCUUUGCCUAGUUUCCAAAAGCAGUGUCUCUUCCUGGAAAAGCAACUUUGGCAAGGCAGUCAUUUAAAAAUUGGCGCUAUGUCAAUCUAUUGGCUCUUUGUGCGAGCGUCCUUUCCUAUUCUCCGCUUGCAUCAAUGAAUAUACCGCCAAUGGCUUCAUUAUCUGAACGGAAUCCUCACCUGACAGCUGUUUCUCUGUAGCAAGUGGUCAUCCCUUCACCAUUAAGCAUUGCGUUCUGCCAGUAUGUUCGAGGGAGAACAGCUGACAAGCGAUUCGCGCUUGCUCACCACCCUCAGGCGUGUGUAACGUGUGUCCUGCUUAGAAUGACAGACAGGUCGGUAGCGAAUACCUCUUGCUUUGUUCUGCACAGUGGCUGCCAAUGGGUCUGCCCGCUUCGGUGGUAGCGUUGUCUUUCGGCUAGCUGAUAUCAGAAAAGGCAGACACACCCCAACAGACACGGCGAAACGGUCGAAAUCGGAGCUAUAACUACUCCUGCUAUCUCUUUUUUUUUUUUCGGUGAUACCGUUAGUGUCCUAGUUCUGUCAAUGGGAGGCUACCCACAAGAAGGGUGACUAUAAUGAACCAGUCUACUGAUAGAGACACAGCAUGUCUACAAGUGUGUAAGGGGGCAAUGUGAGUGUUCGAGUGCUGUAAACAAUGAUUAAGCGUUGAGACCAAUAAAAAACGUGGAGAUGUUUUGAUGACAAAAGAGACGACUCGCUGCCGUUAAUGUUUUGUUCGUGGUCAUGUAAAGAUGACGAGCUGUUCCGCAUACUGUACUGUAAUUUACGCUUUAUAAUUAGCUCAAUCUUAUUCUCGAUACUCCUUCGCCCUGUGUUUUCUUGGCGGUCGGCACUGAUUAAAGUGGAAGCAAAAAGAGGCAAAAAGUGUGACAAAGGCGUUUCAGUUAAAAAAAAAAACGAGCGGGCAACAGUUCUGUUUCUGUUGUGUGGAAACGGGCGCCGUGAACAUGAACUGGACUCAGAUCGUAGCUGAUCUGGCAACUUUGGCCACGAUCAUUAACUUCGCUAGUGGAAUUUACCAGGACAGAUUUCUGCGACAGUAUGGCCAUUUACCCCUAAUCAACAGUACACUGUAUGAAAUAUGUCAUCGGAUCUAUAAGCAACAGUCGACGUCGGAUUGUACGCCUAUGCCAUUUAUGAUGGGCAUGCUUUGCUCGUUUCUGUGGUUUCAGUACGCGAUUCUCAAGCCCGACAUGGUCGUGGUAACGUUAAAUGUGAUUGGCUUCACCUUGCAAACGACGUUUUUAUUUUGGUUCUACCUCUAUACGAAGCCAAAGGGUCAACUCAACGUGCAUAUUGGUGCGUUGCUUUUACUAAUUGUGUCUUUCCACACUUGGUUAUUCUACGGGGUAGCUGAUACCGAUUCAGCUAUGCGUACAGCCGGGUACCUUGCGAUCGUAGCUUCUAUCGCGUUUUUCGCUUCGCCCCUUACAUUGCUGGCCCGAGUACUCCAAACCCGUUCUUCUCAAUAUCUUCCAUUACCGUUAAUAUUAUCAUCAUUCACCGUUGGUGUGUUAUGGACCCUCUACGGAUUAUUAAAGCAAGAUACGUUUAUUACCAUUCCAAACGUGUUGGCGUCGUUGAUCACAGCGUGUCAGCUAAUCCUCAUCUGCAUUUUCCCAAGAAAGCCUCUAUGCGAUACACAACGACUCGUAUGAGGGGUUGCGGACUCCUUAUGCCGAGGCAAACGAAGCAGCUGGGUAGUAGUGUAUAGUAAAAAUAAUUAUAUUUAAUGCGUAGAAAAAUCAUAAAGAAAAGAAAGAAAUAGUAAUAUAUCUAGUAACACGAGAACAAGCAGCUACGAUGUGUCUUGAUGACCAUCAAGCACAAAGCAAGUGCCGACCUCCGAAUGCAUUUGAUCGGCUACACGAGACGCUUUGCGAACGAUAGAAGAGUGUUCCCAGAGUCGGAAACAUAGUAUAAAAAAAAAACGUCAUGCCGAAAUGCGUAGAUGUAAAUGUAUCGUAAUGACUAUUUUGAAUAGUGUUAUAUAUACAGUAUGGAUGCAUUUUUAUUUGUGGUUGAUUACAACGUAAACAGUAUGCACAAAAUUAGGUCGUCUACUAAUUAACUUGUGUCUUUUAAUAAGGGAAAUGUGAGUAUCACAAUUUUCUGGUUACUGGGCGAUCUAAAGUUUACUCCGAUUGCGCAAGUUAACCACUUGAGAGCUCAACAUAAAAACGUUUUCAUAGGAGAAUACUUUAGAACAUAGGUUUGAUAAUAAUAAUAGUAAUACAAAUGGCAAUUUUAAUAAAAUUGACACAACGAAAUAGGGAUCUAGUUUUUUGAUAAAAAGUGUGCUUAUUGUAAAAAAUAUAUCCAUUAUGAUUACUCUCGGCAUACUUGAUCUUUUUUUCCAAAUAAACGGAUGCAAAACAGUCGUCAAGCAACACCUUAAAAACACCUAAAAUCUUAAAAUGGGUAAAGAUUCAUGCAGAAGGUGAUACGUAAUACGAGCGGAAACGAGGUUGUGCUGGAAUUAGUGGGUAACUCAGACGCUCGUCUAUUGAUGGAUGGAAAACAAUGCCUUUACCAAAAAGUGGUGGAUCCACAUACUGUAUAGAUUUAGUAUCUUCCAUCGUGAUCAUUAUAGGGUUACUGAUAUACGUAAGGUACAGGAUAUGUGACUUUCAAUUGUAGUCGUCAACACGCAUGACAUAUAGGCCUUUAGAUAGCUUCAUCAAAGUUGUAUUGUUCUUCCAUAGACAUAUCAUUCGAUGCUGGUGUAAAUAGAGAUUCGAAUGUAAAAAAAGAAAUAAAUCAUGAAGGUAGCACGUG